AUGGACCUGACGACGCGGAGGGAAAACGAUGGGGUGAAUGUGACGGAGUGCCGUGAGGUGAACGGGGAGGGGGUGACUUCGGAAGUCACGGCGAGGAAGACCAGCUCGUUUAGCAUACGGCACCUGGUUGGCGACGAUCAGCCGCCCGACGGGGCCGUUAAUGGGAGCGAGGGUGAGUUUUGCAGGAGCUUAAAAUUUUUUAUCACCACAAAAUCUGGUCUAUCGGGAUGUUUCUUUUAA